ACGUGUUAACCUGUCUCUUGGGUCUUCUGCGGCUGGUGCUGCAGGAGGAGUUAUCAUGGCGUUGGCCGUACCCCCGGCUCCGGCUCCGGCCCCGGCUCCGGCUCCGGUUCCGACCCCGGCCCCGACAGUGGAGCUGGGUUUCGCCGUCGAAGCGCCGGGCUGGCGCCUGCAGAGCGAACAGUUCCCCAGCAAGGUGGGCGGGCGACCGGCGUGGCUGUCCGAGUGCGACCUUCCGGGCCCCGCUGAGCUUGCGUGCCCGCUGUGCAGCCGGCCGCUCGCCUUCCUGCUGCAGCUGUACGCGCCGCUUCCGGACCGUGCCGACGCCUUUCAUCGCAGCCUCUUCGUCUUCUGCUGCCGGGAGCCUCCGUGCUGCGCCGCGCUCCGAGUUUUCAGGAAUCAACUACCUAGGAAAAAUGACCAUUACUCUUAUGAACCACCAUCUGAAGAGCCACCGGAUGAAAAGGAUGAUUCUCCAAGUGUACAGCUUCGAUCUGGUGUUCAUCUUUGUAGGGUUUGUGGCUGUUUGGGUCCCAAAGUUUGUUCCAAGUGUCAUAAGGCCCAUUAUUGUAGUAAGGAUCAUCAGACUCUUGAUUGGAAAUUGGCACAUAAACAGUCUUGUACCACAUCAGAUAAUUUGAAUAGUGCAGUUCCAGACCACAAGUUCCUUUUUCCUGAAUAUGAAAUUGUAAUAGAAACAGAAGAACUGGAGCCUGAUGAUGUUUCUGACUGCAUUCCUCAAGAUCUGGAAAAGUGUGAAGACUCAGAGCUCAUUGGCACUAUGGAUGAAGCACUUGAGGCAGAAUUGGAUUCCAUAGCAAAGCAUGAAUCUAGAGAAGAUGAAAUCUUCCAGAAAUUUAAAACUCAAAUAGCCCUUGAACCAGACCAGAUUCUUAGAUAUGGCAGAGGAAUUGACCCUAUCUGGAUUUCUGGUGAAAAUAUUCCUCAAGAACAAGAUAUUCCAAAUUGUCCAUGUGGUGCCAGGAGGAUAUUUGAAUUCCAGGUUAUGCCACAGCUUCUGAAUUACCUGAAGGCUGACAGACUGGGCAGAAGUAUUGACUGGGGGACUCUGGCUGUAUUUACCUGUGUGGAGAACUGCAACUUGGGCACCAAGUACACAGAGGAGUUCAUUUGGAAACAAGACUUUACAGAUACAACUUAGAAUCAUCAAAGAUUUUGUACUCUCCACUUUUUAGAAUAUCUAAGCAUUCUUCAUGCCUUGUACAUAUUGAUAAGGAGAAAAGCUAAUGUUAAUAGUAAUCUAGAUAAAACUCAUCACAACAGCCCCAGUGUCUAAUGAUAGGCUGACUGUGAUGGGGAGUUAGGCUAAUAAAAGCACAUAUUGUGUCUGCUAAAUGAUGGGAGGAAGUAUUUUAUUUAUGACCUGCAAAGCUAGAUAUCAAAGAACUUAUGCUUAGCUCAUAAUCAAUUGAUGGUUUCUUAUUUUCAUAAUUAACAAUCUUUUGCCCAAACUCUUUCAAAAGUUUUUGUUACGCACUCAUAUGCUGACACAAUAUAGAACUGUGGCUUUGUCUUUUUCUCUCCUUUGUCUUCUAUUAUCUUUUAUUUUGUCACUUCCUUUGUCUUUUUGUUUCCCUUUCUGUUGCAUGUAAUUCUUAGACACCAGUGCCUUCUUACACUAAUCCUUUUUGCCUUAACUGCCAGGAAGUUUAGAGCUAAAUAGAGUGCUCAUCUAGAGUAAUGAACUUAUCACAUCUGUUUUUUUUUUUUUUUUUAAUUGCUUUAAAAAGAAAACUUUCUGGAUAGAGCACCAGCCCUGAAGUCAGGGGGACCUGAGUUCAAAUGUGACCUCAGAUGCUCAACACUUCCUAGCUGUGUGACCCUAAGCAAGUUACUUAACCCCAAUUGCCUCAAAAAAAAGUUUUCUUUUUUAACUGUAUACAUUGUCUCAAACUAUAUGAAAGUAGCAAAGCUACUAAAUCAUCAAUUUAAUAGUAUCUUAAUUUGGCUUUCUUCUCCUCCAACCUCAGUUGAUGAACAUUGUAUCGGGGAGAAAGUGCUGGAUAGAGUCAGAAAGAGUUGGAUUUAAGCUCUGGCUCUACCACAAGGUAAGCUCUGACUGGGCAAGUUGCUUAGCCCUCUUUUUCUCAUCUGUAAAAUGAAUCAAAUUUUUAAGGGUUCAGUAAUCUAUGAGAAAGGCUACUGCACAAAAUUAAAAUUUAUCUAGGUCUAGAUUUCUUCUCCCUCGAGUAAUACAUUACUCAAGUUGAGAUUAUGGCCCAUAAUUUUGCGUACUGGCAAUAGUAUUAGCUAUAUCUUGCUUCUUAAGUUAUUGUUGACAAGAAUACUUUAACUCUGAUGUGGAGCAAAUCCUGUGACCACUCUCUUAUAUUUUCUUAUUCUGGUUGAGUUAUUAUAAUUUUGUUCUCCGAGGAGCUCACUAUUAAUAACUGAAGGCAAUAGGAGCAAGCCUAUUAGGCUGAAUAGUAAAAGGAGAUUUUUGCUAUCAGGAUUAAUGUGAACAGAAUUUCUGAUCAAAUAUAUCAAAGUUGUAUUUUGAUGUAUCCCUUUCUACUUGAUCAUAAAUUGUCAUUGGUAAAUAUGCCACAUGAUUUUGUCCACCACACUUCUAUUGUCUUCUGGAUUAUUUAUAACUUUUAUUCUUUCAGCAUUAUGGUGCUACAAAAUUAACCAGCUGUACUGCAUCAUUGGGCAGCUGGAUGGCUCUGUGGAUAGAACACUGGGCCUGCGUACAGUCAGGAAGACUUGACUAUUCACAACUGAACAGUAACAAUAGCAUCAUCAGAAUAUUGUUUUAAAGAAAUGAGCAUUGAACUAGCAGAGAUUUUCAAAACCUUGAAAGCAUGAUGGAUUUUCCCAAAUCUAUUCCCUCUUGAUCCCUUUCUAGGUCUCAGUUUAUUGUUCAUCAGUAUGUUGAAGGGUUUUGUACUUGGCAUAAAGAGAGAUGGGUACUGGGGGGGAAAUUGAGUUGUACUUGUAGCUCCCAAUUGUCCCAGUAAGGAGUGCAUCACUUAUUUUAAUGGGGAUACACUCUCAGUGACCGUACUUUUAAAAGAUAUUUAUGGACAGAAAAUGCCAUCUGCAUCCAGAAAAAGAACUAAGGAGACUGAAUUGUAAAUAAACAUAUGCUAUGUUCUUAAAAAAAAAAAAAUCAUAAUUGUUGUGUCCAAAAUCACUGCCUGGGAAUGAACCUUAGUUGGUUCAAUAAUGGAUGCAUUAACCUUGCCAAAACCUGUACUCUAUUAUUGUGGAUUUGGGAUUUCACCAGAACUUCACUCCUUUGAGAGUGUACCUUCCCUUUCCUUUUAAAAAGUUAGUGAUUCUUUUAUUAAAUAUUUACCCCAUCAAUUACCUCCAAUUCUGCAGAGAACACUCCCUUAAAAAAAAAGUUAAGCAAAAAGCAACCAAGUCUAAGACUGUAACAUUCUGUAUCAUAAUCCUCCUUACCUAAGAAUAGGAAAGCAUGUUUCAGUUUUUUUCUAAGAAAGGCUUACCUGAUCUAGCCUUCAAAAACCCAGGAUGAGAGAAGUAGUAUCAUUCUAAGAUUGUUCUUGAUGACUAAUCAAAGGAUUGUAGAAAAUACUCAAAUUCCAUCUUUAAAAGAAUAUCUUUUAUCACAAUAAUAAGAGAUUUAAAAAUUACCCUAAUGGAGAGCUACACAGUAACCACUGAAGUUGAAUUUUAAUUUAGACUGCUCAAAGCUAUAGUUUUUAAGACUUCAUGACCAUUAUAAAUUGUACUAGUUUACAAAUUUUUAAAAUUAACAUAUCUCUUAUUUAUAUAGAUUAAAAUUUCUCUUAUAUUUCUUUUUUUCUCCUCUCACCUCAUCUCCAUCAACCUAUAUAUUGAAAAUUAAUUUGCAGUGUUCUAAAUCAGGGGAACAUUACCCCACUUUUGCAGAGAUGGUGGAAAGGAGUGCUUCUUUGGAGCCAAGCUAAUUAGCUUGCAAUACUUUUUUUGUAGUUCUUUCCAUUUAUAUUGUUAACAUUACUUGGUAUUUUUUUCUCAUCUCUGCAUAUAAAUCAUCAUUUCUUAAGAGGAUAGAAAUACUGAGUUGCUUUCAUGUACCAUAUGGCUUGGUCAUUCCUCAUUUGAUGAGGUCUUAUAUUUAUAUAUUAUUUGCUAUAAAUAUUUUAGUGUAUCUGAAACCCUUUUUAUCAAUAACCUCCUUGGAGUAUUUGCCUAGCAAUUUUGAGUCAGAGUGUUAGUCACCUUAUUUACAUAAGGCCAAAUUGCUUUCCAAAAUGAUCUUAGAAAAUUCAAUUUCACCAAUAAUGAAUUAGUGUGCUUAUCAUAUUUCCACAACUCACUUUAUCAUCUUUGCCAAUUUGCUUCAUGAGAUGAAACCCUAAUGUUUUGAUUUGCAAUUUUCAUUAGUGAUUUGGAACAUACCUGUGGUUACUAGUUUGAAGUUCAUUAUCUGUAGAGCACUUUUUUUGAAGGGAGGAUGCAAGCUUCUGUAUCAGAGAAGAGAAGGGAUAUAGAUAUAGAAGAGAUGUUGCAAAGAUGAAAUUAAAAGUUCUAGGUGACAGACUAGAUCUGGUGGGUGAAUGAUACUGGGUACUUAAGAAUGUAAGUAAACUGCAAAUCUGGGGGACUGGGAAGAUGAUGGUUACAGGGUUUUGAGGAAAGCUGAAUUGAGUUUUUGCUCAUUUUGAGUUUAAGAUGUCUAUUGAAUGUCUAGUUUGAAAUGUCUGAAAGGCAUUCAGAGAUUAGAGAUUAGAAGCCAGCAGCAGUGUUAGGGUAACCUAACCUGUGAAGCAGAGACCCUAUUAUUGGGCUUACAAUUAAGAAGUCAGUACUAUAUAUGCCAAAACAUUUGUAACAGAGCUUUUUGUGAUAGGAGAGGAUUAGAAACAAAGUAGAUGCCUGUCAAUUGGGGAAUGUCUAAACUAACUGGUACAGAUAUGUAAUGGAACAUUAAUCACUGUGCUGUUAAGAAUGAUUUGGGUGACCUAGAAAAAAAUAACAAAAUUUAUCUGGAAGAACAAAAGGUCAAGAAUCUCAAGGGAACUAAUGAAAAAAAAAUCAAAUGAAGGUGGCUUAGCUGUACUAGAUCUAAAACUAUUUUAUAAAGCAGCAGUUACCAGAACCAUUUGGUAUUGAUCAGUGGAAUAGGUUAGGUUCAUAGGACAAAAUAGUCAACUAUUAGCAGUCUAGUGCUUGACAAACCCAAAGACCCCAGCUUUUGGGAUAAGAACUCAUUGUUUGAUAAAAACUGCUGGGAAAAUUGGAAAUUAGUAUGGCAGAAACUAGGCAUUGACCCACACUUAACACUGUACAUCAAGACAAGGUCAAAAUGGGUUCAUGAUCUAGACAUAAAGAAUGAAAUUAUAAAUAAAAUUAGAAGAACAUAGGAUAGUUUACCUCUCAGACCUGUGGAGGAGGAAGGAAUUUGUGACCAAAGAAGAACGAGAGAUCAUUAAAUAGAAAAUUUUGAUUAUACCAAAUCAUAUCAAAUUGAAAAGCUUUUGUACAAACAAACUAAUGCAAACAAGAUUAGAAGGGAAACAAACUGGUAAAACAUUUUUACAGUCAGAUUUUGAUAAAGGCCUCAUUUCCAAAAUAUAUAGAGAAUUGACUCUGAUUAUUUGAUUUAUUAUCAAGCUAUUUUCCAAUUGAUAAAUAGCCAAAGGAUAUGAACAAUUUUCAGAUGAAGAAAUUGACUCUAUGACUAGAGUUCAUAUGAAAAGGUGCUCCAAGUCAUUGAUGAGAGAAAUGCAAAUUAAGACAACUCUUGAGAUACUACUACACACCUCUCAGAUUGGCUAAAGAUGACAGGAAAAACUAAUGAUGAUUGUUGGAGGGAUAUGAAAAAAACUGGGACACUGAUACAUCGUUGGUGAAAUUGUGAAUGGAGACCAAUUUGGAACUAUGCUCAAAAAGUUACCAGACUCUUCAUAUGCCCUUUGAUCCAGAAGGAGUUAUAUACCAAAGAGAUACUAAAGAAAGGAAAGGGAUCUACAUGUACAGAAAUGUUUGUGGCACCCCUUUUUGUAGUGGCUAGAAACUGGAAAUUGAAUAGAUGGCUGAAUAAAUUGUGGUAUGUAAAUGUUAUGAAAUAUUAGUGUCCUGUAAGAAAUGACCAGCAGGAUGAUUUCAGAAAUCGAAGACCAAUCCUGAUGGACGUGGCUCUUUUCCUUCUUAAGUUAUUAGGU